AAAUUGACUCUAACCUUUCUUACAAUUUAGUCUAUCAGCAAUAUUUGAGUAAUAAUAUUAUGAGAUUAUACCAAAGAAGAAAUUUUUUAAGUAUCCAUAUUUAAUCGUCAAAAUUCAAAGACAUUCAAUUAGAUUUUCGUGAUGGCAUCUGACGGCCAAAAAAUGACGGCACCAGUAAGUACAGCGAUGGACAGAUUAAGUGCUGCAUUAAAUUCAAAUAUAAUACCAAAUCAAGAGUACUUACUCCAAGGCUCAGUAAUGGAUAGUGUUGUUGAAGUGUUGCUUCAUAGAUUAAGAGGAUUAUGUGACAACGUCGAUAGUGGACCUGAAACAUUCAACGACCAUGAAAUGUGCUUUAGUAUUAGAAGAGGACCUCCUCCAGAACAGCCAUUAUUAUUACGAGUCAGGAGAGCUUUGGAUUAUCAAGAUAUGCCUUGGCAAUUAAGAUACAUAGGUCAACCUGAAUUGGGUGACAAAUCACGUCCUACAAUUGUUCGCAGCAGUAUAGAUAUUGCUACAAGCAAUACAGUUGUUGAAUUUUUAACCGAGUUAGGUUGUAGACUAGAUUUUGAAUACAUUGCUCGAGGUUACAUGUUCCGCAAAGGUAGACUGAAAGUCACAGUAUCAAAGAUUUUCAAAAUGGGUCAACAAGGAAAAAUACCUGAAAGCGUUGAAGCUAUAUCCCAAAGUUAUUUAGUAGAAUUAAGCGUUCUUGCGCCAAGCGGUCAAGAUGCAAUAGCAGAAGAUAUGAGAAUAUUUGCAGAGCAACUUAAACCUUUGGUUCAACUUGAAAAAAUUGAUUACAAAAGACUUGUUCAUUAAUACAUGCUUCUAUAUGAUAUAAAGAAAAUAUUAAUGUCAUA